GAUGGGGAAGCCAUAGGAAGUUUGUAUCAUGGCAGCGGAUGAGGAUGGACUGGGGCUGUUUGAUACCCACUAUGGCGCUGAAGCUUCCCCCUUCAAGGAAGGUGAUGAGAGCUCAGUUGAUAUUUAUGAUGGCUUGGACAACAGUUUGACAGUUCCUGACAAUUCUGCACCAAAUUCUACACCAGCUGGAAACAGCUUAAAUUUAUUUGAUGAGAUAUUAAUUGAAGAAGGGACUGCAAAGGAAGCAUCCUACAAUGAGCUGCAGGUAGAAUAUGGAAAAUGUCAGCAGCAAAUUAAAGAGCUGAUGAAGAAAUUUAAGGAAAUACAGGCACAGAAUGUCAUUCUACAGAAUGAAAAUCAAGCUCUCAAAAAGAAUAUUUCAGCACUUAUAAAAACAGCAAGAGUGGAAAUUAAUCGUAAGGAUGAAGAAAUUAAUAAUCUCUAUCAAAGGCUAUCAGAAUUUCCCAAUCAUCGUGGUUUCACCAGAACAUAUGUUCCAGGAUCAACUAAUGGGAGGUGCUCAGAGAUGUGUAAAACAAAAGAUCCCAAAUUCAGACCUUCUGAUUUAGGUGACAGUGUGAAGAUGGAGCACAGAAUGAAAAAUGACUGUCCAAAAGAUACACACCACAGUUACUCAUCUCAUAAUAUGGAAAAUGGGAAGUCUAGCUCUGAAAAAAGAAACACUCCAAAUUUACUGAGAUACCCUCCUGAAGAACUCUGCAAUGACGAUACUCAUACAUGUCUCCCAAGCUAUGACCAUAGUUCCAACAAGGAUAACAGAAAGGAAAAAAAAGAAAUUAAAAGUAAUGAACAGUACAGUAGGGGAAAUGUCAACAAGUACAGAAGAGAAGUGCAUCAGAGCACCAGAAACAAUGGUGACAGUGAAGAGGGGAAUUCAGAUCCUCAGCAAAAGCUGAAAACCCUUUCAGAAAGGGCUAGUAAAAACGAGUUGCAACAAAAAAGUCAGAACGUAAAACUCAAAUGCAGUCCAAGUGUAGAAAGAAGAGUAGAAAGGGGUGUUUCUUCCUGGGAGAAGCAAACUACUGAUAAAGACAGAUUUCCAACAAGAGGUGAAUUGUAUGCUGAUGAGAGAUCACAAAAUGUAUUACGAAAGGAUAUUAAAACACAUGAUAAAGAUGAAAAAAAUGCUGGCCAAAAAAAUAAAUCAAAUGAAAAGCCACAAGAGCAGCCAAGGAGAUCUGGUAGAGGAAGUAGUCCACACUCAAAGAACGAACAUUCAAAGAAUUUUCAUGAAUCACGUAAAUGUCGCAUAGAGGAGUCUAGAAAAGGAAAAGAUAUUGACUGCAAGAGAGACAGGGGAACAAAUGAUUAUAUUUCUCGAGAAGGAAGGACUUCACCUUCUAAUUCCAACAACAGAGAGCAUAAAUACGCACGCUUGAAGGAAAAUAGUAGUAGAUAUGAAUGGGAAACAGCACAUUCCAAAUCAGAAAAACACAGAACCGAAGAAAAAAGGAAAAGAGAAAGAGAGGAUGAAAAUAGACAUUUUAGAAAUGAAAGAAAAGUUACGAAAGAGGUAACUCACCAGUCUGUAAAAGAAUCCAAGAAAGGUACGGAUGUUACAAAAAGUGAGAGAAACAAGUUCUAUAAGCCAGAAGAAAUGUCCAGAGUAGCAGAUAGUUUAAAAGACCAUAAAGUUCCCAAAACUAGAGAUGAUCACACUGGGUCAAAAAGUAAAGACUUAAAACUUAGCUUUAUGGAAAAACUAAAUUUAACUCUUUCUCCUGCUAAGAAACAAUGUGUGUCUCCAACAGAUGGAAUUAAAACACCUUCCCAAAAGGCCACUCAUGAGGGAAGUACAGAACUCGCGCUGCAGGCAGAACUGUUAGAUUCUGCACACCCCGUUAACUGUGGUCCCACAGAGCAAACUAAUUCAACACUACAAGUUCUGGAUAGUGCAGCUCAAAGCAGUGUGGAACCAGCAAUGCCUGUUCCUGUCAGUUCUGAAGAUGAAGCCUUAAAAGUAGCAGCAGCAGAUCCAGCACAGUCUGAAGAAUUGCCAGCAGUGGCAAGUAGUGAACUGAGCUCAGAAACCUUACUAGAAGCAGAAGUGGUUCCAGUAGAGCCCCAAGCCUUACCAAAAGCAGCAGAGGUACUGGUUACUGAUGAGAUGCAGGCUGAAACAUUGACAGAAGCAGCACAGGCUUGUGAUCUGGUUGAAUCAGAAGCCUUGGCAACAGCAGUGGCAGUGAUGAAGCUGAAUCACCCCGAAUCUUUGCCCCAGGAGGUGGCUGGGAGCAUGGCAGAGCCUCAAGAGUGGUCUGUGACAGUGGGUGUGAUGCAGAAUGACAAUGCACCACCACCACCAGCAGAAGUGGCACAACCUGAAGUUGCCAUUGAAAGUACGGGAGCCCUUUCAGAGUCAGCAGCAGAGAAGAAAGAAGACAAAAUAUGUCUGGUUGCUGACAUAGAAAGCUCAGCAGACCAAUGUGGCUCUCAAAACCUUGUCUUGGAUGACUCUGAAGCCAAAAAUUCUGGUGACCUGGAGUCCUGUGAUGUUGGAGAUGAUAUUGGUGGAACAAAACCAGACUCUUUAAUGGAAGCAGUGAAGGACAAUGACCACUUGGCUGCAGAAAAUGCUGAGUGUCCCACUGAUGAGAAGGGUAUUUGUGAAAUUGAUAAGAGUACAUCUCAGUCACUCGACAGAACUAUGUUAAGUGAUAAGGAUGAACCAUUAGUUGACCAGAAUGCUUGCGAUCUGGAGCCAGACCUCACUGAAAUCAGUACGCCAGCAUCUUCUGUUAGUGGUGAGAUGUAUCCUAGAACUAAGGACAGAGAAACUAACCCAGUUCCUGUUGAUGAUGACAGCUCAAUACUGAGCAUUGAUCUCAAUCACUUGAGGUGUAUUCCGAAGGCAAUCAGCCCACUGAACAGUCCGAUGCGCCCUUUGGCUAAAGCACUUAAGAUGGAAAGUCCCUGCAAAGGUCUUGUGAAGAGUUAUAACAAAGAUUUAAUUCCUGAAAGUGGAGUUGUUGUCUGUCCCUCAAAAAAUUUGUCAAAGGAGGUAAACAAAGAAAAUCAAAAGCCAGUUAGCAUGUCUGAUGAACACUGUGAGAUGGAGUCCCAGCUGAGUAUCUCUUCAGAUGAAAUAGAAGAAGGAGAAAUCAUAAGUAGUGAUGAAGAGGAAAAAAAAGGUAAACCAGAAAGUGUCUCUGAAAAUACAAAAAAGUCAAGACCAAAAGCUUCUCCUGAGACGCGGAAUUUGACCAGCAGUCCACAAAAUCAAAAGAGCAAAGUUGUGCGUUGUAAUGAAGAUAAUGGAAAAUUUGUGUCUGUGAAAGUAAGUGCGAAGAAGAACAGAGAGAGGCAUAAAAAUCAGACAUUCAGAUCUUCGAAGGAUAUGAAGAAAAAUAAAACUGUGAGCAUUGCUUGUCUUGAAAAAAUAGUACAUGUUAUUGUUGAACCUUCAAGUAUACAAGAAAUCAUGCAGAUGCUAAGAGCUAUACGAAAACAGAUGAGGAAAAAUUAUAUGAAGUUCAAGGUACAGUUCCCAGUUCAGCAUUUUCACAGAAUUAUAGAAUCCGGUAUCAUAAAUUUUACAUCAUUAAUAAAACACUUGAACUUUUCCAAGAUGUCUACAUUAGGUGAGACAUUAAAAUUGAGUAUCUGUGAUGUUGUAGAGUGCAAACUGAAGCAAGUUAAAAAGAAUGCAAUAGUGGACCGUCUUUUUGAACAGCAAGUAUCAGAUAUGAAAAAACAGUUAUGGAAAUUUGUAGAUGAACAGCUUGAUUACUUAUUUGAAAAGAUAAGGAGGAUUAUAAUAAAACUAUGUGAUGUGGGACAUGUGGCAAAUGAGAGUGAGGAAAGGAAGUUUGAAAGAGUGGGAAAGCAAAAACACAAGAUCAGUCAUAAAAAUAAUAUGCAAAGGUCUAGAAAGAAGUCCCUGAAAGUCCAAUCUCAAAAGCCUGAAGAAUAUAUGCUUUCAAAGCAACAUGUGGAUUAUCAACGAACUAAGUGUCACCAUGAGAAAAAUAAAACAGAUGCGCCAAAGCCUGCCUUUACAAAAUGUCUCAACUCCAUUGAUAACACUAGGAAUUCCCAAACCAAAGUGCACCUCUCUAAAGAGAAUAGUUUGCAAGGCACUCUCACUCCAUUGAAGGGUGUGAAAUCCGAAAAGGAAGGAUUGCAGCUAUCCAGAGAUGCUAACAAAUCUGAUCUUAGUUACGAGCUUCUCACAGAACAACAAGCAUCCAGCCUUACAUUUAAUCUUGUAAGUGAUGCUCAAAUGGGUGAAAUUUUCAAAAGUUUAUUGCAAGGUUCUGAUCUCUUGGAAAAAAAUGGAGGCAAUAUUGACAGAAAUGAGUGGGAAUUCAGGACUCCAGAAAAACAGUUUUUAGAUGGUCAUAAAUGUAGAAGUAAUGUUGCUGAACUGGUGCAAGAGAUUGCUCCAAAGGAGGCUUGUGUGGAAUCUCAACCAGUAGAGGGUAUUAAGUGGCCUGUUGUUUCACCUGUAAGAGCUCCCUCUUUAGCAUCUAGGCUUCAGAUGUCUGUUGAUCCUGAUGUACUAGAUGAAAGCUGUAUGUUUGAGGUUCCUACAAAUGCAGCUUCAUGCAAAGAAGAUGACUGUAAUUUACAGAAGAAUAAGUCAUUUGUUUCUUCAAUCCUCCUUGAAGAUUUGGCUGUUUCCUUAACUAUUCCAUCACCUUUGAAAUCAGAUUCUCACCUCAGCUUCCUAAAACCUGAGAAUAAUUCUAGCUCAACUCCCGAGGGUGUUCUCAGCGCACAUUACAGCGAAGAUGCACUGCUGGAAGAGGAGGAUGCCACUGAACAAGACAUUCACUUGGCUUUAGAAUCCGAUAACUCGAGCAGUAAAUCAAGUUGUUCAUCAUCGUGGACGAGUCGGCCUGUUGCUCCUGGUUUUCAGUGUCGCCCCAGCCUACCAAUGCAAGCAGUAAUCAUGGAGAAAUCCAAUGAUCAUUUUAUUGUAAAGAUCAGGCGUGCAGUGCCAUCUACCUCACCAGCAUCUGAUCGGGUGGCUUCAGUGAAGGAGGUGCGGGCAUCUUCAACCAAGAUUGAAAAACAAGAAAUGAGAAGUGGGGGAAGAGAAAGGGGCAGUCAGAGUGCCACAGUAGCUGUUGUGCAAGAAAGUGUCAAACCAGAUCUGGUUAAGAUGGAUCAGUUGCCUCAUGUCAGCGCUGGACAAGAACAAAAUCCUGCCUUACCUCAGCUUCUAAAGGAAUCUCAUAGUAGUGGAAAGGAAGAAACCACUGGGUUGCUUGAACCCUCUAGAAUAUCUUCAAACACAGAGAGCCAGGACACUAAAAGCACAGAUGAAGGCUCUGAACAAUCUCAGGCACACAAAUUGAAAGUAUCUGAAAAUGUAAAUGAAAUGGGUGUUAGACCUCAAGGUUCUCAUCCUAUUUCCUGCAGCAUAGAGUCAUACAUAGACUUAACAGAUGAUAUGGUUAGUGAAACUUCAUGUUGUGUGGUGGAAUCCACUACAGAUAACAGGACUCAGGAAACCUCUACUGGAAACUUGGAAAUCAGUGUUAAAAAGCAGGAACUGGAAGAGUGCUCUGGUGCAUUUAUAGAUUUAACAGAAGACCUUUCCAAUGAGACUGUAGCAGGUGAAUGUAAUCUUGAAACACAAGCUACUUCAAAUACUGAGGUAGGAUGCCAGAUAAGUAGAGAUGAUAAAACUGGUAAAAAAAGGAAAAAGGACACUGUCAGAGAGAAUUCCAACUCAAAAAGGCAACGAAAAGAAACUGAAUCAGCAGGUGAAGGGAGUGAUGCAAGUGAUGUGAAGCCUGAAGAGGUAAAUUCAGCAUCCAAACAGUGUUCCAAUAAGAAGAAUGAAUUGCAGCAGAACAAAGACUCUUCUCCUUUGGCUUCAUCUGCAUCAUCACCUAGUCUGUAUGCCAAAAACAUCAUUAAAAAGAAGGGAGAAGUAGUAGUUUCCUGGACAAGAAAUGAUGACAGAGAAAUUUUACUGGAAUGCCAGAGAAAAGGACCAUCAAGCAAAACCUUUGUUUCCCUAGCCACUAGGCUGAACAAAAGCCCUAAUCAGGUUUCAGAAAGAUUCAAGCAGUUAAUGAAGCUGUUCAAGAAAUCCAAGUGCAAGUAA